UGAGAACUGCAGGUAGUCCGCCAUUGCUGUAUGAAGAACUAUCGGAUUUGGCGUUUGGCUGUCAACAAUAAACUUGCGGUGCCGGGACGCGGAGCUACGAGGUCGAGUGAAAGCUCGUCGGCUGCUCCAUAAACCAGUAGUCACCCCCGUCCCUCCGUGGAGAAUACUUUCAUGUGAAUACAGAGCCCACGGACGAGGCAACCAUGUCCAAUCUCAGCAAAAGCGGCACCAAGAAGGACACCAAAAUGAGGAUACGGGCCUUUCCUAUGACGAUGGAUGAGAAGUACGUCAACAAUAUCUGGGACCUUCUGAAGAAUGCCAUCCAGGAGAUUCAGAGGAAGAACAACAGCGGCCUGAGCUUCGAGGAACUGUACAGGAAUGCCUACACAAUGGUGCUCCACAAACACGGAGAGAAGCUCUACACAGGCCUACGGGAGGUCGUCACAGAACACCUCAUCAACAAAGUACGAGAAGAUGUCCUAAACUCUUUAAACAAUAACUUCCUUCAAACCCUAAAUCAAGCCUGGAAUGACCAUCAAACAGCCAUGGUGAUGAUCAGAGACAUUCUGAUGUAUAUGGAUCGAGUGUACGUACAGCAGAACAACGUAGAGAACGUCUACAACCUGGGUCUUAUCAUCUUUAGGGAUCAAGUGGUUCGUUACGGCUGCAUCAGAGACCACCUUCGACAGACCCUGCUGGACAUGAUCGCACGCGAGAGGAAAGGGGAGGUGGUGGACAGGGGGGCCAUUAGAAACGCCUGCCAAAUGUUAAUGAUCCUCGGCCUUGAAGGGAGAUCAGUUUAUGAAGAAGACUUUGAAGCGCCAUUCUUAGAAAUGUCUGCAGAAUUUUUCCAGAUGGAGAGCCAAAAGUUCCUCGCAGAAAACAGUGCCAGUGUGUACAUAAAGAAGGUGGAAGCCAGAAUCAAUGAGGAGAUUGAGCGGGUGAUGCACUGCCUGGAUAAAUCUACGGAAGAGCCUAUUGUCAAGGUGGUGGAACGAGAGCUCAUCUCCAAACACAUGAAGACGAUCGUAGAGAUGGAGAACUCUGGCCUGGUGCACAUGCUCAAAAACGGCAAGACAGAUGAUUUGGCGUGCAUGUACAAGCUGUUCAGCCGGGUUCCCAACGGCCUGAAGACCAUGUGUGAGUGUAUGAGCUCAUACCUGCGGGAGCAAGGAAAGGCCCUCGUGUCGGAGGAGGGAGAGGGGAAGAACCCUGUAGACUACAUCCAGGGUUUGCUGGACCUGAAGUCACGUUUCGACCGUUUCCUCCAGGAGUCCUUUAAUAAUGACCGGCUCUUCAAACAAACGAUCGCGGGCGACUUUGAGUACUUCCUUAACCUCAACUCCCGCUCGCCUGAGUACCUCUCACUCUUCAUUGAUGACAAACUGAAGAAAGGAGUAAAAGGGUUGACAGAGCAGGAAGUGGAGUCUAUACUAGACAAGGCCAUGGUGCUGUUCCGCUUCAUGCAGGAGAAGGACGUGUUUGAGAGGUACUAUAAGCAGCACCUGGCACGCAGGCUGCUCACCAACAAGAGUGUCUCUGACGACUCUGAGAAGAAUAUGAUCUCCAAGCUCAAGACUGAGUGUGGCUGUCAGUUCACUUCUAAACUGGAGGGCAUGUUCCGUGAUAUGAGCAUCUCCAACACCACCAUGGAUGAGUUUAGACAACAUCUACAGACAACUGGGGUGUCUCUUGGAGGGGUUGAUCUCACUGUGAGAGUCCUGACCACGGGAUACUGGCCAACACAAUCAGCAACACCCAAGUGCAACAUCCCCCCUUCACCGCGACAUGCAUUUGAAGUCUUUAGAAGGUUUUAUCUUGGUAAGCACAGCGGCAGACAACUCACACUGCAGCACCAUAUGGGCUCUGCAGAUCUAAACGCCACCUUCUACGGUCCAAUCAAAAAGGAGGAUGGGUCAGAGGUCGGAGUGGGAGGAGCUCAGGUUACUGGCUCCAACACCAGGAAGCACAUCCUGCAGGUGUCCACUUUCCAGAUGACCAUCCUCAUGCUUUUCAACAACAGAGACAAGUCCAUCUUUGAGGAGAUCCAGCAGGAGACAGACAUCCCAGAGAGGGAGCUGGUGCGGGCGCUGCAGUCUCUGGCCUGUGGGAAGCCCACUCAGAGAGUUCUCACCAAGGAGCCCAAGUCAAAGGAGAUCGAGAAUGGCCAUGUGUUUACAGUCAAUGACCAGUUUACCUCUAAACUUCACCGUGUCAAGAUCCAGACAGUGGCUGCUAAACAAGGGGAAUCAGACCCAGAGAGGAAGGAGACACGGCAGAAAGUGGACGACGACAGGAAACAUGAGAUCGAAGCUGCCAUCGUUCGUAUCAUGAAGUCUAGAAAGAAGAUGCAGCACAAUGUUCUAGUAGCAGAGGUCACACAGCAGUUGCGAGCACGAUUCCUCCCUAGUCCUGUAGUCAUCAAGAAGCGCAUUGAAGGACUCAUUGAGAGGGAAUAUUUGGCACGAACACCAGAGGACCGCAAAGUGUACACUUAUGUAGCAUAAAACACGUGAAUCCAACGAAAGCUAACAUCGAGUUGAGAGAAACUGAGAGCCUUGGGUUUUUUUUGUGGACUGCUUUGCAUAUGAAUGAACUCGGAAGUGCUUUCAUCAUUGAUUCUGGGAAACACUGGGAAGCUUAACUUUUCUUCCAUAGAAAUGUGUAAAAAAGAAAAAAAAACGUGCAAAAGAUGGGGAAGUUUUCUAGCAAUAUUAGAUUUC